UUUGUCUACAGGACUGUUUGAACAGGAAGGCGGACAUGUUUGUCAGUGAAGCGGAGGGACUGGGGAACUUGGUGAUAUUUUUUAAAAAUAACACCACUUUAAGAGAGGAAAAAAAGUCCAAAACAUAGUUUUCCUUUUGGAGGGAACGGACCUUUCUGGAAUCACGACUUUAUCCGAAGCUAUAAGAUGCUGGAUGAGCAGUGAGCUGGAGGAACCAAGAUGUUUAAUCGGAGCUGUAAUUCGAACUCUUCGAAAUUUUGCGGCUGAAGUUUUUUCCUUCCCAUUUCAACUUUUGCAGCUGUCAGUCGCUUUGCGUUUUUCGCUCUCGCCCAUUGCAUUGCCUCCCUCUUCGCCUCUUUUCCUCCUACUGCCUUUAGGCCCAUCAACCUGAAGAAAUGCACUUUCGGUAAACAAUGAGAGGCGACGAUUUCGCCGCGGUUGUCCGCGUAUGGUGCAGACGUGUUUGUGAGCGCGAGGGACGGACGCCGCUGGAUUUUCGUUUUUCCUUCUGAAGCUGUCAGGCUGUGUUGGUGGGCGAGAUCGGAGAGCAAACAGUAGCCGAAACUGGACUACUUUUUUCCACUUUUAAAAUGUGGCAUUCGCUUUUCGAUGGCCUCGGUAUAUGUUACUGUGCACGCAAAAAGCUGAAAGAUGACUUGCUGAGACAGGCUGCGCUUUCUUAAAACGCCGAACUUGACUGUUAAACUGCAGAGGCCGAUAGCAACCCUCUCUAUCCGCCUUCGGGCGCGAGUACUCUUGAAGUACUUUCGCCGUUUUUCUUUGCAUACAUUUUGUGUUUCGGGAGUUUAACUUUGACAGCCACCAUGUCUGCUGGAGAAGCAUUGGAUGCUCGAUUGGAGAAAAUCGAUUCUUUGCUAAAGGAUCCCAAAUCAGAAAUCAAUACCGACUGUUUGCUGGAUAGCUUAGAUGCCCUGGCCUAUGACUUGGAUUUUCCAGCACUAAGGAAAAACAAAAAUAUCGACAACUUCUUAAAUCGAUACAAAGACACAGUUAGCAAAGUUCGAGACUUGCGAAUGAAAGCAGAUGACUAUGAAGUGGUUAAAGUAAUUGGCAGAGGAGCCUUUGGAGAAGUCCAGCUGGUAAGGCAUAAAUCAACAAGAAAAGUGUUUGCAAUGAAGCUUCUCAGCAAAUUUGAAAUGAUCAAGAGGUCAGAUUCUGCAUUCUUCUGGGAAGAAAGAGAUAUUAUGGCUUUUGCUAAUAGCCCCUGGGUAGUUCAGCUAUUUUAUGCUUUUCAAGAUGACCGCUAUCUUUACAUGGUAAUGGAAUACAUGCCAGGAGGAGACCUAGUCAAUCUGAUGAGUAAUUAUGACGUUCCUGAAAAAUGGGCCAGGUUUUACACAGCAGAAGUAGUUCUUGCACUAGAUGGAAUCCAUUCUAUGGGCUUCAUUCACAGGGAUGUAAAACCAGAUAACAUGUUAUUGGAUAAAGCUGGGCACCUGAAACUUGCUGAUUUUGGUACCUGCAUGAAAAUGAAUCAGGAUGGCAUGGUACGAUGUGACACAGCUGUGGGCACUCCUGAUUACAUUUCCCCAGAGGUACUAAAGUCACAGGGUGGAGAUGGCUAUUAUGGAAGAGAAUGUGACUGGUGGUCUGUUGGAGUUUUUUUGUAUGAAAUGCUUGUAGGGGACACACCAUUUUAUGCAGAUUCGUUAGUUGGAACAUACAGCAAAAUUAUGAACCACAAGAAUGCUCUCACUUUUCCAGAUGACAAUGAUAUAUCUAAAGAUGCUAAAAAUCUUAUAUGUGCCUUUCUUACAGACAGGGAAGUGCGGUUAGGGCGCAAUGGAGUGGAAGAAAUUAAGCGACAUCCUUUUUUCAAGAAUGACCAGUGGUCAUGGGAGAGUAUUAGAGACACUGCUGCCCCUGUUGUGCCCGAAUUAAGCAGUGAUAUUGAUACAAGUAACUUUGAUGACAUUGAGGAAGACAAAGGGGAGGAAGAGACCUUUCCUAUACCUAAGGCAUUUGUUGGCAACCAGCUACCUUUUGUGGGAUUCACAUACUACAGUGGUCACCAAUUUUCCCAAAGCUCUACUACAAGAUCUAGUGACAAGAGGAGUAGUUCUUCCACAGUAGAUAAAAGUCAAUUGGAUGAGCUUCAAAAAAGACUUUAUCAACAUGAAGAACAGCUCCAUAAUGAGAUGCAGUUGAAAGAUGAAAUGGAGCAGAAGUUUAGGGCAUCAAACUCCAAACUUGAGAAGAUCAUGAAGGAGCUGGAUGAAGAGGUCUCCCAGAGAAAAUCAACUGAGUCUACAGUUUCUCAGCUUGAAAAAGAAAAAAUGCUGACUCAGCAUCGAGCAAAUGAAUUCCAAAGGAAGGCUGAUCAGGAAGCUGAAAAAAGACGGAAUAUGGAAAAUGAGGUAUCAACUUUAAAAGAGCAAUUGGAAGAUUUAAGAAAAAUUAGUCAAAAUUCUCAGAUUUCGAAUGACAAGAUUGUGCAUUUGCACAAACAACUUGAAGAAGCUAAUGACUUGUUGAGAACAGAGUCAGACACAGUUGCCAGGCUUCGGAAGAGCCAAACAGAAAUGACAAAGUCAAUGAGUCAACUGGAAGCUAUCAACCGGGAUUUGCAAGAAAGGAACAGAGGGAUGGAAAACUCAAAACUACAGCUGGAGAAAGAAAAUUUUCAGUUGCAGGUGAACUUGGAUUCAGAAAAAAGAAACUGGAUGCAGGGAUCAGAAGAAAUCAAAGAACAGCAGGCUCGGAUAACUGGUUUACAAGAAGAUAUUCGGAAUCUCAAAAUGAGCCUCUCCAAAACAGAAGCGGAAAAGAAACAAGCCCAAGAAAGGAGUAAUCAUAUGGAAAAGGAAAAGAACAAUUUAGAAAUUGACUUGAAUUAUAAGCUAAAGACUUUGCAGCAGCGAUUGGAGCAAGAGGUCAUGGAGCAUAAAGGGACAAAGGCUCAGUUGACAGACAAGUAUGAAUCAGUAGAAGAGGCAAAAUCGGUGGCCAUGCAUGCAAUGGAACUGAAAGUGGCAGAGGAGAGUGUAGCACGACUCAAAGCAGAGAAUCGGGUUGUGGAAGUAGAGAAACAGUGUUCCAUGUUGGAAUUUGACUUGAAGCAGUCUGUGCAGAAAAUUGAGCAGCUUAUGAAGCAAAAGGAGCGACUUGAAGAAGAGGUCAGUCAUUUGAAUGUUAGACUGGAGCAGGAAAUGAAUAAGCGAGUAAUAAUGCAAAAUGAGGUGAAGAACUGGGCAGUAGAAGCUGAUAAAGUGAAGGGUUCUGAAAAACAGUUGAAACAGGAAAUCAAUACAUUGUUAGAAGCAAAGAGGUCUCUGGAAUUCCAGCUGGCACAUCUUAGCAAACAGUACAGAGGAAAUGAGGGUCAGAUGCGAGAACUACAGGACCAACUUGAAGCAGAGCAAUAUUUCUCAACACUGUACAAGACCCAGGUCAGAGAGCUGAAAGAGGAGGUUGAAGAGCGAAGCAAGCAAAUACAGGAAUUUCAGAAAAAAGUCCAGGAUUUAGUUAAUGAAAGGGAUUCCCUUUCGGCACAGUUGGAUCUCACAAUUACCAAGGCUGAGUCAGAACAGCUGGCGCGGGCACUGCAGGAGGAACAAUAUUUUGAACUCACUCAGGAAAGCAAAAAGGCUGCAACUAGGCACAAGCAGGAGUGCACGGAAAAAGACCACAUUAUUAUUAUGCUUGAAGAGUCAAAUAAAACUCUGACCAAAGAUGUGGAAAACUUAACAAAAGAAAAAGCUGAUCUUAAUGAGAAGGUGAAGACACAACUGGAAGAAUUUGAGAGAGAAAAAGAAGAGCUUUCUACAUCUGUUAAAAAUAAUUAUGAGAAGAUACUCAAUACAGAGCGCACUCUCAAAACACAGGCUGUCAACAAGUUAGCAGAAAUUAUGAAUAGAAAAGACAUGAAAAUGGACAGGAAAAAAACUAGCAAUGCAGAUCUACGAAAGAAAGAGAAGGAAAAUAGAAAGUUGCAAUUGGAACUGAUCCAGGAGAAGGAAAAAUUUAACCAUAUGGCUGUAAAAUACCAGAAAGAGUUGAAUGAGAUGCAAGCGCAAUUAGCAGAGGAGAACAUGUACCGUACUGAGCAACAGAUGCAAUUAGACAGUAAAGAGAGUGACAUUGAACAACUACGCCAGAAAGUUAAUGACUUACAGCUCAGAAUGGACAACUCCAGUGUAGCCAGUCUGCAGCCUGAUGAGGCAGAUGGCAAUUUACCAGAAUCGCGUUUGGAGGGAUGGCUCUCAAUACCUAAUCGAGCCAAUAUAAAAAGAUAUGGGUGGAAGAAACAGUAUGUUGUGGUCAGUAGUAAAAAGAUUCUGUUCUACAAUGAUGAAACAGAUAAAGAGCAAUCCAACCCUUCUAUGGUACUAGAUAUAGACAAAUUAUUUCAUGUGAGGCCAGUAACACAGGGAGAUGUAUACAGGGCUGAUGUGGAUGAAAUCCCCAGGAUUUUUCAGAUCCUUUAUGCCAAUGAAGGGGAGUGCAGGAAAGAUGCAGAAGUUGAAACAGCACAGCCAGCUGAUAAAACUAAUUUCUUCUCUCAUAAGGGACAUGAAUUUAUUCCCACACUCUAUCAUUUCCCAACUAAUUGUGAGGCCUGUGCCAAGCCUCUCUGGCAUGUCUUUAAACCACCUCCAGCUCUGGAAUGUAGGCAGUGCCAUGUUAAGUGCCAUAAAGAUCAUUUGGACAAGAAAGAAGAACUAAUAGCUCCUUGUAAAGUAAACUAUGAUGUUACCUCAGCAAGGGAUAUGCUACUUCUGGCUUUGUCACAAGAGGAACAGAAGAAAUGGAUAGGACACCUGGGAAAGAAGAUCCCCAAGACUCCACCUUCUUCAUUUGUACGUGCUUCUCCAAGGAACAUGUCAUCUAGGUCCACAAACCAGUCUUUCCGUAGGCCACAAAAACCAAGCAGCAGGUCUCAAACAGACUUUGUGCAACUUCACUGGGAUAGGAUGAGUGUAUCUAGUGACAUCUCCAUCUGUAGCAGUGUUGCAUCUAAAUUUGAGAGGACAUCUUAUAUUUAAAAAGUUUACUAUUUAAUUAAAACUUGCAUCUCAUUCUAGUACUGAUUUGUUAAAUUCAAAGGUGGUGGAUAUUAGGGUGGAUAGCUUACUAAAACAGAAAAUAGCCUCAUGAACAUAGGUUUGUAGUUUAUAAGUAAUUUAUUUGAUUAGGUCUUCCAGUGUGCCAAAUUUCCCCCAGGGAAUCAUAUUUAUCUCUGUAAAUGUUGGUUUCUGUUCUUAAGAUCAACUUUCUUUUACUUGCAAUGCCAAGUAAAGAACAACCCUUUGUUUACUUUCUUUUUAAUCAUCGCCUUCAUAAACGACAAACCUUUGUUCAUCUUGCACUGAACCAAGUAUCAAAACCUGAUUUUGCUUCUCCUUUGUCAAACACUUCAGUGUUCAUAUUCUGUUAUUAGAGUAAAUCAGUUGGCAACAUUCAUAAUUUAAGAAAAUCUAUGGAAGUGGUUGUCUUCAAACUAGUCAUACUUUUUAAUCCAUUAAAGAGGCCAGGCCCAUAACUGCCUUUAGAGACCUUUCUCAUGACCUCCUCAUGGAGGAUCAAGUUAGGUUUAUUUCCCAAUGUAUAAUUUUAAUUAGAAAAGGAGAAACGUAACACUUAAACAGGUUUUGACAUUUGUUAUCAAUGUUAUGCCUCACAAACAAAAUGUUUCCAGACAUAGACUGGUGACUUGAAUUCUGUCUUUGAUGUGUCUCACUUGAAAUCAGGAAGGACAUCCAAUGCCAGCUUUUGGUUUAACUGUAAAAAAAAAAAAAUACUCAGCAAAGGACUUUCCAUCUCUUUGCUCCCUAAUUUUUUCUUCGUUACUCUUAGUAUUCUUUUGGGGCCUGCACAUAUUAUUUACCCAAUUAAAUAAAUUUGUAAUUUUGUCAAUUAACAUUUAACACUUAUUGCCUGAAUAUGUGAAAUGGCAGCUCCUUGCAGAUUUAAUAUAUGUUAGGAUCCCAAAGUUGGUGACCCGCACUUACCUGAACUCCUGUGCAUAUAUUUAGACAGUCCAUAAUUGUUAAAACACAAACUUAGAACCAGAAGGGAGCAAAGUCAAAGUGAACCUACUGCAUCAGAAUAGAACAUGCAUGUCCUUUGCUGUCGACGUUUCUGAGCCAGUGUUUCACUUGAUGCAGUACAUUAAUGAUGUGUUUCCAGCAUUCCAGUGUCUCUGUCUAAUACUUCCAUCUUUUACUUAGAGAUCCAUGUUAAAAGAUCUCUGUCCCUCUUUGUCUCUGUCUCUCUGUGUUUCUCAUAUAUGCAGGUCAGUGCCUAUAAAAAAAAUUAUUCACUCCUUGAAAGUUUUCACGUUUUAUUGUUGUCCAAAGUUGAAUUAUAAUGGAUUUAAUUUAGGUUUUUUAAAUACUAAUUAGUGGAAAAAGUGAAAAUUGAUCUUUGAGAAUAUUCUAAAUUGACUACAAAUAUAAAACUCAAAAUAACUGAUAACAACUUGGCUUCAACACAGUUUGUUCAGCAGCUUUGAUAAACAAGAGCACUACUACAUGUCAGUUUGUAGCCUAGUGUUGUAAAAUGGCAUUAAAAAAAAAAAAAAGCAGCGUCCAUUUAACUGCUUACCAAAUAAGAAACAG